GUUAUGAAGAUUUCUUUGCCCGUAGUGAAGGUAUUGAGAAUUACUGAUGGAGAGGUGCCUCCAAUGGGCUUUAUUUAUGAGGCUAUGGAGAGAGCGAAAUUGGGAAUAAAAAACACAUUGGGAGGUAAAGAAGAGAAAUACAUGCCUCUUUGGAAGAUAAUAGAUAAACGUUGGAAUGAGAACCUGCAUUCUCCAUUACAUGCAGCGGGGUAUUAUCUCAAUCCUCAAUUCUUCUACCCUAAUUCACGGCGAAUCCUCGGAGAUGAAGAAGUAUGUGAUGGCUUUAUAAAGUGUGUGGAGAAGAUGUUGCCCACUAGCAUUGGAGAGAGUGUAGAGUUCUCAACUGAGAUAUCAAACUAUACAAAUGCUAGAGGAAGUUUCCGAACUAAUAUGGCAAUGAACAAUAGGGACAAACAACCACCGGUUGACUGGUGGCUUGCAAAUGGCUCCUCGUCUCCCACUUUGCAACAUCUUGCUGUUCGGAUCCUUAGUUU